AAACGGGAACGACGUUGGGUAACGUGGCAGCAAAUCACGAAUCUUAAACUGUUUGCUGAUGACAUCUAAACAAAACAUAAUUCUUCUGUGUGUAGUUUACUUAUGACGAGGCUAUGAUUGCUACUCGAGCUCACUAUAUGCACGAUGCCAUCAGUAUGUCGAGUAUCAGCCCACUGUCGCACCCCGAACUGGCCGAGAAGAAAAAGAAAAAGAAGAAGAAAAAUAAAAAGAAGAAAGAGGAAGACGAGCUCGACAGCGAAGACGCCGAAGAUCGAGAUGAAAAUGGUGACGUUGAAAAGAAAAAGAAGAAGAAAAAGAAGAAAGAACAAGAAUUGAGCACGGACGAAUCCCUCGGUGAACCCGUCGUGGCUACUGAGGAUUCGGAAAAAAAGAAAAAGAAGAAGAAGAAGAAACAGCAAGAAACAGACGACGAUGAUGAUGACUCGGGACGACUUGGAGAAGCCGUGAUUCCAACCGAUGACAGCGAGAAGAAAAAGAAGAAGAAAAAGGAUGUAUCCGAAUGCGAGCUUGGUGAAGCAGUGGUUCCGACCGAGGAUAGUGAGAAAAAGAAGAAGAAGAAGAAGAAACAGGAAUCGGAAGGGUUAGAAGGAGCCCCAGUGGGCACGGCUUACGAUGCGCCACCAGGAUACGAUGAUGGUGAUGACAAUUCAGAGGAAAAGAAGAAGAAAAAGAAGGAUAAAAAGAAGAAUAAGAAGAAGAACCAGGAAGAACAAGCCGACCAAGCCAACAUCUUUGCCAGUUAUACAUCGCCCGAUCCCGCAGGUACCAUUGGUGCCCAACCACAACCUGUUAAUGGUCUGCAGUACAAUAACGGGCCUGUGGCUUACGGAACCAAUGCACCCACUGGAUCAGCCAAAGUUGAGGAUGCAUCUCAUUUGAAUGCUGAAGUACUGCCGCGACGACAGUCAAGCUUAACGGACGAAAAAACAUUGAAUGAAAACUUCACUUUACUAACAACAUAGAAAAAAAUCUCAUGGGUUGCCUCUCUCUCUCUUUCAAGAAGACAACCAUUUCAUUCAUUCAUCAACAGCAUUUCAA